AUGGUUUAUAGGCCAAGAGAUCUCCCACUGGCACACAUCUGGGAUGAUAUGGCUCAAGAUUUUGUUAGACAAUUUCAGUACAAUGUCGACAUUAUGCCAGAUCGCAAUACACUCUCUAAUAUGAGAAAAAAGCCAAAUGAAAGCUUCGGAGAGUAUGCUAUCAAAUGGAGGGAACAAGCAGCCCGGGUCAAACCAUCUUUAGAUGAGCAAGAAUUGGUUGAUAUCUUCAUAGAGGCUCAAGAUCCUGACUAUUUCCACCACCUGACAGCCGCAAUGGGAAGACCGUUUCACACAGCAAUCAAAAUUGGAGAAAUGGUUGAAAGUGGUCUUAAAACAGGGAGGAUCGUGAGCCAGACAACAAUCAAAGCUACCACACAGGCCAUUCAAGGUGGUUCAGGCAGUUUUGGAAAUCGUAAAAGAAAAGAGGAAGUUUCUUCGCUAGCAUCAGGGUCAAGGGGUGCUCAAAGAAAUUCUAAUUGUCCUUACCCACCACUUCAAGGACAAUCUAGUUAUCCUCAACAUUACUACCCUUAUGUCCAUCAAUAUCCAGUCCCUUACAACCCUCCUCCUAUGCAAAAUUAUGCUCAAGAGAAGGGACAGAAAAGGAAAUUCACACCAUUGGGAGAGUCAUACUCCAGCUUGUUUCAAAAGUUAAGAAAGAUAGGAGUGAUUGGGUCUAUCCCACCACAUCGUCUGAAUCCAACUGCUCCAGGUUUCCAAGCCAAUGAAAGAUGUGAGUAUCAUUCAGGGGCCCCAGGACACAACACUGAUAAUUUUUGGACCUUGAAGGGGGCGAUAGAGAAGCUAAUCGAUCAUGGAGUGGUCGUUGUGACAGAUGAUCAAAACACUCCCAAUGUGACUAAUAACCCACUUCCAGCUCAAAACAAUUUAGUGGGUAUGAUUUGCGAUGAUCAAGAGUACAAACUCCUUGGCACAAUGGGAAAGUUGUUUAGGAAGAUCGGAGAGGAAAACAAGUCGAUAAAGAGUUUAGAACCAGUUGCAUCUUUGAGUGUGGAAGGUGUCAACCUUGAUACCAAAGUUUUAUAUGUCCCGGGGGUUUCGAAGGGGAUUGAAGUUCGAGCAGGACCAAAAUUGCUUGGCAAAGUUGAAAGGACCUAUCUUGUUAAGCCCGUCCAACAGCUUCCGGUAAUUGAUUCAAAGGCUGUCCCUUGGAACUAUAACAAAAUCGUUGUGGUUUACCGAGGAAAGAAGAUUGUUGAAGAGGUUGAUGAAGCAGGAAGGCUGACACGCUCUGGAAGAUGUUAUUCUCCAGAAGAAUUAAGAAAAAGGAAGAUAACUCAAAACAUCCAAGUACCACUGAAGAAAGCAGUUACUGAGGAAGAAGCAGAAGAGUUUCUAAAAAAGAUUAAGGUUCCAGAUUACUCUGUUGUGGAACAAUUGAAGAAAACCCCGACACAAAUUUCAUUGUUGUCUCUACUCUUGCACUCAGAAGAACAUCGUCGUGUGUUGAAUAAGAUUUUGAAUGAAGCACAUGUAUCGAAGGAGACCACGGUAAAUCAGUUAGAGAAAAUGGCCAAGCACAUCUUUGAGUCAAACACCAUCACUUUCACUGAUGAUGAGUUGCCCACAGAGGGAGCUGGACACAACAGAGCAUUGCUUCUUACAGUGAAAUAUGAAGGGUACUAUGUAAAGAGGGUCAUGAUAGAUGGGGGAUCGGGGGUAGACAUAUGUCCUCUCUCUAUGCUGCAAAACUUGAAAAUUAGCCUUGACAGAAUUCGCCCCAACAAUGUAUUUGUUCGAGCUUAUGACGGCUCAAGGCAGGAUACCAUUGGUGAAAUAAAGUUAAACAUGACAAUUGGACCGGUGGAUUUUAUGAUUGUGUUCAAAGUAAUGGACAUGGACACAUCUUAUAAUUUUCUAUUGGGAAGGCCAUGGAUCCACACGGCUCGGGCAGUCCCAUCAACUCUGCAUCAAGUUGUUAAGUUUGAACACAACCAUCAGGAAAUCAUUGUGCAUGGGGAAGAUGAUUUUCCUAUUUACAGAGAUCUCUCCAUUCCAUACAUUGUGGCAAAAGAAGGAUGUGAUUCUGUUGUUUACCAGUCUUUUGAGGCCGUAUCAGUCAAUCGCUUUAGAGAAGGAGACCCCAUUAUCCAACCAUGUCUCUCUUCUUCCCCUUCAAUGGUAGCAACGACAAUGCUCAAAUAUGGUUAUCAAUCUAGUAAAGGUUUGGGACUUUAUUCGCAAGGAAUUGUGGAUCCCAUUACUCUUUUUGGGAACCAAAGCACCUCUGGCCUCGGAUACAAACAAAGCAAGAGAAGUGGAGAUAAGACUAAUAACCACAAAAGGACUGAUUGGGCGCUGCCACAACCGAUUCCCCAUAUUUCUCAUUCCUUUAUUGAGCCUCAGGGACCAGAAAUGGAAGCUUCCCUUACUCAUGAAGACAUUGAAGAAGUUAUUCAGGAUCUCAGCCAGUUGUUUUGUGAAGUAAACAUGGUUCAAGUUGGUGAAGGUACAAUUCAAACCGAUGUGCAGCUCGUGGGCUCAGGUGUUGAGCUAAGCAAUUGGGAAGCCACUCUUUUCCCCGUAAGGAAAUAG